GGAAGAAAGCCAUCUUCACCAACUAUUCUCCCCUUGGCACCCAGCUUCAGCUAGGGUUUGAUCCAUGUCCUCUCUCUUAGCAAUUUCGGUAAUUUUAAUUCUGCUUUUGUGAAUCUGUUACGAAAAGUUCAGCGUUGAUAUUAUAGACUCAAUCAGAUUCAUCAAUUGUUCAGUUUGAUGCAAGUUUGACUGAUUUUGAUCGCAUAUCGAGUGAGUUCUUUUGUUACUAAUUACUCCAAGUCAAGUGUAAGAAGAUGGUGGUUUAAAGAGUCUGUUGAGUUCUUUGAAGUUUGGUUGACUAAAAAUGGAGGAUGACAAUGGGCUUGACCUCACCUUAUCCCUACCUUGUGGUGGCCCAUCUACAGGUGCAAAGGGUAAAACCACCAGUGUUUCUGAAGUAAGAGGGGAGGAAGCUGAUAACAGCAACAAAUUGAUUGAUGAUUUCAAGAACUUUCUAGAUGGUUCUAAUCAUAGAGAAGAGUCAACCAUGGCCUCUCAGAGAACUAAUCAGUCAAAACCAGAUGAAAAUCUCUUUUAUGACCUUUCCAAGAAUACCCCUAAUGUGGAUACCUCAAACAGUGGAACUUUCUGGGGUAAAACUGAUAAUAGAUCUUCUGAAACUGUAGAAGAAAGGAGACAAGAUGCAAAUAACAACAACAACAACAAACGAAAAAACAUGUUUGAUGAAAUAAACCAUCAAAAACGACAUGAAAGAGAAGCUUAUCUUUCUAAUUUACAUAAAGCAAGAACACAACCACAUGUCUCCAUAACUACAGAUGAAGGUUCCAUGGCUGAAAAUGAAGAUGUAGCAGACUCUGAAGCUGAUGGUUCAACCUCAAAAAGACAAUCUGAGGGGGGGAGUAAAGAAGUUCGUGGGGCAUCUGAUUCUAAUGUUGACUUACAAAGUCAAAGGAGAUUUACAAUUUCAUCAGAGAAAGAUUAUAACAAAGUUGGACACGUGUCACAUGGUGUUUCAUUUUCAGGGCAAUCAGCAAAUAUCUUGAAUAUGCCUUAUCAGUUGUCAGUCAAAGAGUCAAACACCAUUCAAAAUCCAGUCAUGAGUUCAACACAGCAGCCUGUGAUUCCUGCAAACUUGCCAUUGAUGUUUAAUUACUCUUCUGUCCCUGUGCCUACAGUAGAGGCAGGUAAAUCUGAAGGCCUUGUUUCGUAUUUUGGCAGGGGCCCACCAAACACAAAUAAGCAGAAUGAUGGAUUGAAGAUUACACAAGGUGCCACGUCAGUAAAUGCAGCAAAGCAAUUUGAGAGGGGAAAGGGUGACAAUAAACAUGGGAAGGAAGAAGGGUUAUCCAUGCAUACAGAAGGUGACAUGAAGGGUAUAAAUGGAAUUGACCAGGGAAGGGUAGCAGAGGGAAUUCCACCCGAAUUUCCCGCCAUUCGACCUGGUAUAUCUGCAGAAUUAAAAUUUGGAGGAAGUGGGUCAUCUCCAAAUUUACCAUGGGUUUCCACAACUGCCCCUGGACCUAAUGGGAAGACAAUAUCAGGUGUUACAUACAGAUACACCGGGACCCAAAUCCGUAUUGUUUGUGCUUGUCACGGGUCCCACAUGUCACCCGAUGAAUUCGUCCAGCAUGCAACCGACCAACAACCCAAUGGCGGCGGCGGCGGUGGUGGAGGAGGAGGUGGCGGUGGUGGUGGUGGUUUACAGUCAUUUCCCAAUCCUGCUGCAUCUGCUCAGAAUUGACACUGGUAAUAUCACUCUUUUUAUUUGGCAGUUUAGCUUUAAUAAUAGUGGCAUUUGAUGCAAAAAAUGACUGCUUAUGAUUUUGUCACUUUGUGAUAAAUAUUUUGUUAUAACUCUAUGUCAUAUAUAUGUGUAGAUUAUAUUAUAUAUUGGUAAUUAAAUAGGAAGUUGUAUGUAACGAUUGGUAUUGUAGUUGCAUUUCUUGUGUAUUGAUGACAAUAAUUUAUGGAAUUAAUUGCGAACAAUGUUUUAUUUA